CAGGCCAUUCCUGCAGCAAGUAUGGCCCAGGCUCAGGCCCUGGCUCUGUUCUCAUCACUGCUGACCGUCUGUGUCUCUGAAGGGAGCCCCGAGGUGUGGGUGCGAGUCCAUAUGGAGGCCACCAGGCUCUCAUCCCUCUCCCUCUCAGUUCGCUGCGGGGUCUUAGGAACCAAUCUCAUCUCCCUGGUAACAGUGAUCUGGGAAGGAUUUGUGGAUGCCCAAGGGACCAAACUAGCUGUGUUACACCCAGACCUUGGCACCCAGUGGUGGGUCCCUGCCUCCCAGGCCCGCUGGGAAACCUCAAACAGCGUCUCUCUCACUCUGACCCUGGAACAGUCCAAGGCAAAAACGUCCCUGGCUAACACCACAUUCUGCUGCGAGUUCGUUACUUUCCCUCACGGUUCCAGGGUCGCCUGUGGAAGGCUGCAUAGCUCAGAUCCAGGACUCUCUGCCCCAACUCCAGUCCCCAUUCUUCAAGCAGACCUGGCCAGGAUCUUGGGGACCUCAGGGUUUCUCCUGCUUGGUUUCAUCUUCAUACUCUAUCUCCUGUGGCGGCAGAAGCAUUGGUGUUUCAGAAAAUCUCGGCCAUCCCCCACCAGCACCCAGGCACACAUGGAAGCUCAGCUUCUCCGAUCACCCUCUGCACACGGCAGCUUCGUCUCAACUGAGAAUGGAUUGUACGCUUCUGCAGGGGAGACACUUCCCCACCCUGUUCCCAACAGCCUUGCUUCCACUGACUGUCUGGAGCACGCAACUAUGCAGAAACUGCCGGCAACUCACAUCUGGGAAGACCAGCGGCUAGACCCGCAAGAAUCCUCCACUGACUCCUCCUGCUGCCAGUCACCCCAAGCCUGGCUUCCUCGGUGCUACCCUCGGCCCCACUCCCUUGACAACGCCGCUUGA